AUGAGGACAUCACUCUCUGUUGGCCAACUGGCCGUCGCAUUGCUCUCUUUGUCACCUAUUGCGUCCGCUUCUGGGCUAUGGCCUAGGUUUCUUCCAGAGAUUGACUCCCUUGUCGUGAGGGCAGACCCAGAGCCAGCAUCUUCUGAAGCGCCAGCACCAACAGCGACAGCGAAAGACACGGCGAAGCCUACAGGCAGCGCCAGCGAUAACCAAGAUGCCACAACCACCGCGCCCCCCACCACGACGAAGAAGGGGGGCCCAAUAAGCACCAACUACAACACCGGCCUGCUCUCCGAAAGUGACUCCGGCACCGGCACCGGUACCAAGACGAAGACGGGUACCAAGGCCACAACGACCAAGCACAAGACCUUCGACCCGACAGACCCCCCAGGCGGCAUCAGCAUGAUCACCCCCUCGGUCUUCGCUGGCUCCCAGCUCUACAAGAUCGGCGACUACAUUACCUGGGGCUGGAACUAUACCGACGUUCAGGCCACGCCCACGGCCGUUGACGUGCUCGUCUCGUGCAGGGACGCCUCGGCGACCUGGACGCUCACGCAGAACAUGACCUACACCUCCCCGGGCUCCUUCACCUGGGACACGCAGGCUUACCAGACCCAGAACGUUGAGAAUCCGCUGCUGGUGGAUCAGUACACGCUGAUUAUUUACGACUCCGACUCGAGCUUCACCGCGACUCCCGAGGCUGGCUAUCUCGCACCCUUCGCCGGCUUCACCUUUACUCUGUACACGCCGCAGCCCUACACCCCCCUUUCCAGCGGCUGGGUGUGCGCGACCUGCAGUGGCGGUGUUUCUGAUAUCGAUAAGCGGGCGUUCGGCGCGGUGGUGGCCAUGAGCGUGGUCACGGUUUUCAGCUUCACUUGGUUCGUGACCGGGUUUGGCGGACUCAUUUGAGAACCUACUGUCGAAUUGUUGGUUGACUGGAAUAUGUUGAUGACAAAAAAGAAUAAAGGACAAAUGAGACUCUGACCUACCGAUCGAACUAUGCUGAAUCAUGUGGAGCUGGAACUGGAAGAGACGCGAGAGACUAUGGAAGGAUAACGGCCGUGGUAUGGAAUGGCAUGGAGGGUGGAAUCUUUGGCUAAUGUUUUUGUAAUAGAGUUUGUUGGAUG